AUGGGAAUUGAUAAAAGCUGGAUGAGUCUUAGGAACCGAUCAUGUAAUGAGUAUGAAAAGGGCAUAGACAUAUUCUUAGAUUUUGCAUUUAAAAGAUUGGAAAAUGUGAAAAGAAUUCGUUGUCCAUGUGCUAAAUGCUAUAAUGUUAGAUUCAAAAGCCGGACGGAAGUGAAGUACGAUUUAUUUCGUAAUGGGAUUAUUCAAAAUUAUACUAAAUGGCAUCGUCAUGGUGAAUUGUCAGAUGAAUCUAGUGAAAGUGAUGCGGAAGAUGUCAAUAUUCCUAUAAAUCAAGGCAGUAGAAAUAUGGAGACAAUGCUUGAUGACUUAUUUGGGCAUGUAUCGAACUCCUCAAAUACUAACACAAGUGAUGGAGAGUGUACUAAUCCUGAAGAUCCUAUUCCUGAAGCGCAAAAUUAUUAUCGAUUAUUAGAAGAAUGUAGACAAGAUAUAUAUCCGGGAUGCAAACGAUAUUCAAAAUUAUCUUUUCUAGUACAUUUGUUGAAUCUCAAAUGUCUCAAUGGUUGGACUGAUAAGUCAGUUACAAUGUUGUUAGAGUUUUUGAUUGACUUGCUACCAAAUAAUGCAAACAUUCCAAAGUCAUAUUAUGAGGCACGAAAGAUAAUUAAAGAUUUAGGAUUGGAUUAUGUGAAGAUUGAUGCUUGUAAGAACGACUGCGUGCUCUUUCGGAAGAAACUUGCAAAUAAUGAUACAUGCCCUACAUGUGGUGAGUCUAGGUGGAUCUCGAGCAGCAGAGAAGAAGAAGCAAACUCAAGAAAGCGAAAACAAAUUCCUCAGAAAGUUUUGCGCUUUUUUCCACUUACAUCGAGAUUGCAAAGAUUGUACAUGAAUAAAGAGAUGGCCAGUAAAAUGAGGUGGCAUUGUGAUGGUCGACAAAACGAUGGAAUUUUACGCCAUCCUGCUGAUUCAUUGGCUUGGAAGCAUUUUGAUCAUAACCAUCCUGAGUUUGCAAUAGAGCCACGUAAUGUAAGAUUGGGAUUAGCAAGUGAUGGAUUUAACCCCUUUGGAAAUAUGAGCACCACACAUAGUGUUUGGCCUGUUAUUCUAGUUCCAUACAAUCUACCCCCAUGGUUGUGUAUGAAAAAUGAUUAUUUCAUGAUAUCACUGCUAAUUCCUGGUCCAAAAGCUCCCGGUAAUGACAUUGAUGUAUAUCUGGAACCUUUAGUUGAUGAGUUGAAUGAUUUGUGGAAAGAAGGGGUUAGGACAUAUGAUGCAUCCAAAAAAGAAAACUUUACGAUGCGUGCUGCUAUUUUUUGGACUAUAAAUGACUUUCCAGCAUAUGCCAAUUUGUCUGGUUGGAGCACGAAAGGAAGUCUAGCAUGUCCUUGUUGCAACAAGGAUACCGUUUCGAUGAGAUUGAAGUACGGAAAAAAGUUUUGCUAUAUGGGUCAUCGUCGUUUUUUGUCGCAUGAUCAUAAAUGGCGAAAUGAAAAAAAAACAUUUGAUGGAACAAAAGAGAAUCGUCUUGCACCUAAGACUUUAUCCGGUGAUGAAGUACUACAACAAUUGAGCCAAAUAAAGCAAGUAAUUUUUGGAAAGGUAAAUAAGAAAAGGAAACGUUCUCAACAGGAAAUAUGCUAUUUAAAUUGGCGAAAACAUAGCAUUUUCUUCAACCUGCCAUACUGGCAUACAAUGUUGAUACGACACAAUUUGGAUGUUAUGCAUGUAGAGAAGAAUAUUGGUGAUAAUCUAAUUGGCACACUAAUGAAUAUAGAUGGAAAAUCCAAAGAUAAUCUAAAUGCACGAAAGGAUUUGAUGGCGAUGGGUUUAAGAACGGAGCUUCACUUGAUACCAAUACAGGGGAAGGCGAUAGACAUACAGAACAGUGUUCAAACAAUUGGUAACAGCAAACCAUAUAAAAUGCCUAGUGCUUUUUACACACUAUCGAAAGAUGAAAGACAAUCAUUUUGUCAAUUUCUAAUGGAUUUGAAGCUUCCAGAUGGAUUUUCGUCAAACAUUUCUAGAUGUGUCUAUAAACAUGAAGGUAAACUUCAAAACUUGAAGAGUCAUGACAUUCAUUGUUUAUUACAUCGCCACCUCCCAUUAGGUAUUCGUGGAUUGUUAAGGAAGGAUAUUUCUAAUACCUUAAUUGAGUUUAGUGCCUACUUUAGAGAAUUAUGCUCAAAAUCAUUAAGAAUGAGUGAUUUGGAACGACUUGAAAACUCAAUUGCAUUGACUUUGUGCAAACUUUGA